AUGCCCCUUGUGGUGUUCGAGAUUGCACGGGUCUUUACUUGGGACAACACCGAGUGGUUGUUGGAGCAUGUGGGCGGUUGGCGGACCCCAGAAGGGAGGUUUAGACUCAAGGCGCUGAUGCUGAAUCGGAUGAAAGCUGAUACUGCCUCUGGCGAGCUCCUCUUCCGUGGUUAUGAUGAUACUCCCUUUGACGAAGCGAUCUAUGGUCGGAACCAUCUUUUACGUAUGCCGGGCGCAACAAAGUUGAAGCCUGUCCCUGCACUUGUGCCUGUGAGAUGUGUACCAGGGCAACGGUCCUCCUGUCGGAUGAUACGGCCCCUGACGCCGUUCCACAACAUUUUCCCAAUCACGGAGGCAGGGUAUGGAGACUGGCUGGACCAUACAAUCUGUUGCUCUAGCGUAGGUGUGUCCUUCCGGACAGACUAUGUGCUUACGAAGUGGAAACCAGGCCCUUCUUAUCCCGCCAAACGUAGGUGGUUUCUCGAGUUCCGAGAGCAUCGUCACUACCCUCAGUGGAUACAGAGUUUUGAAGAGGUUCCGUUCGAUGAUGGUAACGUAUUACUUUACAGGGAACAAAGGCCGACCCGGGGCAGAGCUACAAACCAAGAGGCGGAGAGAGCGGCGAGGACCCCCAUGACGUUGGAAAACGAUACGGAACGAGAGCUCGUGUCCCCAGAUGCGUUCUUUCGUGACAAAACGGGAGAGAGAAAGACCUUGAAGAGUAAAUAUCAUGCGACAAAGAGAACAUCUCCGUUGGAAGAACGGUACCCCUUUACAGACGGGGAAGUAACGGCGUGUGACAAUCCUUCUGGCUUCCUGACUGACCAUGUGGACAUUGACUGGGCAGGGCUCUACAAUAGCGAGAAAAAAAUUGUGGUUAUCGAUGCCCCGAUGGGAUCGGGGAAGACACAGUCCCUGGAAAGCUUGAUUGACACUCUGGAUCACAACAGUGUGGCAGAGGAACCACUUCGGUGUUGUGUUGUAUCUUUCAGGCGGCUACUAGCGAAGCAACAAGCUAUGCGUCUUGGCAUUACGAACUACUUGGAGUUGGACAAGGACCAGCUUAUGCAAAAUACAGGGUUUCAGCAUCUUGUGAUUGUGAAAAAUUCACUGUGGAAGCUAGGAAGAAAACCGUUUCAUGUCAUGGUAUUAGACAAACAGGGGAUGCUCAGGAGGCAUUUCUUGAGUCCAAUUGUGUCGCAGGUUCUUCCGAAGGUCUUCAGCCGGUUCGUUGAGCUCAUACGGGAGGCCGAACUAGUGGUACUUUUGCAGGACAACGUGUCAAGGGAGGAUGUCCAGUUCUACACGACACUGGAGGGUGUGGAGGCUGAUAAUAGACGGUACGUGGAGGCGAUACGGUUCAAGAAAGACAUCGUGGUCCAUCCUAUGCAGUACACCACUCAAUUGGCUGCCGCCGUCGCUCAGGUCCUUCAAAGCUACGAAGAGAAUGUCGAGGAAGUUGAUGACGGCGGGGGCAAGGCGCUUGUGCAACCAUUCAUGAUAUUUUGUUCCCAUGUCAAGUUUGCGAUAUACCUUGUCUCGAAACUGCAGGAGAAGGCUCGUCAGUUGGGUAGCGACCCAGAGAGGGUCAAAGGCAUGUGGUCGUCCAUUCGAAUGAGUGCCUUCUGUGCGGAGUUUGCCAACGAUCCAAAUGAAAAUGCGAGCAGAGCAGACGUCCUUGUCGUGGGUGCGGGGUUUUCCAUAUCCAAACACUUCCAUUUUUUCUUUGCUUUUCUAUUCAAUAGGAUCCUCUCUCAUGAAGAUGAACGCCAGUUCACCCGUCGUUUGCAAUAUGUCAUGGAUGGUUUGCCACAGAAUGCGAAACGGCAGUCCUACAUGUACGUUCAGGAAGGGAACGGAAUUCCAUUUGAGUAUGAAACGGUGUUAAAGGACAUGGCUACAGUUAGGAGCAAGCUGCCCCAGCCGGCAGAGGAAAUUGAAACCUCCUAUAUCGCAGUGGAGGCAGCACUCUGCCUUGAGGGGACGCUGGCGAGGGUGGAGACCGAGAGGGCUUACAGUUCAGCGACCAUCACACGCUUUGGAAACAAUAUGAUGGAGGCUGCUUCUGGUGCGGAGCUCAUGUGUGCUGGUGCCGCGUCGGAUAGAGUGAGGACGUUACAAGAGGACUUCAGGAGGGAGGAUAUUGCUAAAGGGAUUAUCAAGAAGUGGGAACCUGAUACAGCCAAGUAUACCAAAUUUAUUGGGAAUAACAGUGCAAUCGUCAGCGUUGUCAGGAAGGCAAAGCAGUUACUUUGUUGGCUGUGUUACUUAUAUCAAAACAUUAGGGGUGGGGAAUUCGUCACCACUGAAGCAUCUAUCCCAACGGAUCCCUAA